AUUUUUUUGAUUAAUUAAUAAAAAAACAAAUUAAUUAAUAAAGUAUUUGUAAAAUAUUCCAAAUUUUCAAUUUAAAAUAAUUAAAAAAUGAUUAAUUUUGCAGAAGAACUUGAAAAGUAGAUCAAAGCUAGUGAAGAUUAAGGAGCUAAUCAAACAGUAGUGAAAGAGUAUAAAUUAGCAGAAGGAAUUUACUUUACAGAUUUCCGCCAACCCAAAGCUUAAGCUUAAGCUUAAUCUUCAUGUUUUGAAAUUUAAGAAAACUAAAAAAAGAAUUAUGUCCCUCCAAAGGAACCUAUUAUCCUUGAGGCAGACUUUAAAGAAUUUUAAAAGAGAAUUGAUAAAAUGAAAGAAUCAAUUGAAGAAAUAAAAUAAAUAGAUGAUUGGUAAAGCGAUAGGGAUUUUAGAGAUGCUGUUGAAGAAAAUUAUGCUGCAAUAAGUAGUAACUAUAAUAAAUAAUUAGCAAUAUUACAAAAGUUUAAAGAGAUUGAUCCUUGUUGUGAUGUUUUAAAGAAAAAUGCUCAAUAAGAUAUUGAAGAGGCUCUUAAAGAAAAUAAGUUAUAAGAAACUGCAUUUUUAUAAGAAAUAUAUGGAUUAAAAUCUAAGAAUUCUUAGGAUAUGGAAAUAGAGUAAUUAAAUAAUAAAUAAAAUGAAGCUAAAACAAGCUAAAAGGAGGAUCCCUAAAAAUAAUAAAAAGAAAAGUAAGAAAAUUAAGAAGAAGGUGAUGAUGAUAUUUUAAGUAUUCAAGACCAGCUAAAUAAAUAAAAAUUAGAUUCUACUAAGGAAAAGAAAGAUAAAGACGAAGAAGAUGAAGGUGUUUUCUUAUGA